CCGCACCCCGCCCCGGCGCGAGAGGCGAGCGCGAGAGCCCGAGCCGCGGGCGGGCGGCGAAGAUGGCAGAGGCACCGGCCUCCCCGGCCCCGCUCUCUCCGCUCGAAGUGGAGCUGGACCCGGAGUUCGAACCCCAGAGCCGGCCGCGCUCCUGUACGUGGCCCCUGCAGAGGCCAGAGCUCCAGGGGAGCCCGGCCAAACCCUCGGGGGAGACGGCCGCCGAUUCCAUGAUCCCCGAAGAGGAGGACGAUGAAGACGACGAGGACGGCAGCGGUAGGGCCGGUUCGGCCAUGGCGAUCGGCGGCGGCGGGAGCGGCGCGCUAGGCUCCGGGCUGCUCCUUGAAGACUCGGCCCGGUUGCUCGCUCCCGGAGGGCAGGACCCCGGCUCCGGGCCAGCCCCCGCGGCAGGCGCGCUGAGCGGGGGGACGCAGACGCCGCUGCAGCCUCAGCAGCCACUACCGCCGCCGCAGCCGGGGGCGGCUGGGGGCUCGGGGCAGCCGAGGAAAUGCUCGUCGCGGCGGAACGCCUGGGGGAACCUGUCCUACGCCGACCUGAUCACUCGCGCCAUCGAGAGCUCGCCGGACAAACGGCUCACUCUGUCCCAGAUCUACGAGUGGAUGGUGCGCUGCGUGCCCUACUUCAAGGAUAAGGGUGACAGCAACAGCUCUGCGGGGUGGAAGAACUCGAUCCGACACAACCUGUCAUUGCACAGCCGGUUCAUGCGGGUCCAGAAUGAGGGUACCGGCAAGAGCUCUUGGUGGAUCAUCAACCCUGAUGGGGGAAAGAGUGGAAAGGCACCCCGGCGGCGGGCUGUGUCCAUGGACAACAGCAACAAGUAUACCAAGAGCCGUGGCCGCGCAGCCAAGAAGAAGGCAGCCCUGCAGACAGCCCCUGAGUCCGCUGAUGACAGUCCCUCCCAGCUCUCCAAGUGGCCAGGCAGCCCCACGUCACGCAGCAGCGACGAGCUGGAUGCGUGGACGGACUUCCGCUCACGCACCAAUUCCAACGCCAGCACUGUCAGCGGCCGCCUGUCACCCAUCUUGGCAAGCACAGAGUUGGAUGACGUCCAGGAUGAUGAUGCACCGCUCUCCCCGAUGAUCUACAGCUCAGCUAGCCUCUCACCCUCUGUGAGUAAGCCAUGCACCGUGGAGCUACCACGGCUGACCGACAUGGCGGGCACCAUGAAUCUGAAUGACGGGCUGUCUGACAACCUCAUGGAUGACCUGCUGGAUGACAUCACGCUCCCAUCGUCCCAGCCAUCGCCCACUGGAGGGCUCCUGCAGCGAAGCUCUAGCUUCCCAUACACCACCAAGGGCUCCGGCCUGGCUUCUCCAACUGGCUCCUUUAACAGCACGGUGUUUGGACCCUCAUCUCUGAAUUCCCUGCGCCAGUCUCCCAUGCAGACCAUCCAAGAGAACAAGCCAGCUACUUUCUCGUCCAUGUCACACUACGGCAACCAGACACUCCAGGACCUGCUCACUUCAGACUCCCUCAGCCACAGCGAUGUCAUGAUGACCCAGUCGGACCCCUUGAUGUCUCAGGCCAGCACCGCUGUGUCUGCCCAGAACUCCCGCCGGAACGUGAUGCUUCGAAAUGACCCAAUGAUGUCCUUUGCCGCCCAGCCUAACCAGGGGAGUUUAGUCAAUCAGAACUUGCUCCACCACCAGCACCAAACCCAGGGCGCUCUCGGUGGCAGCCGUGCCUUGUCGAAUUCUGUCAGCAACAUGGGCUUGAGCGACUCCAGCAGCCUUGGGUCAGUUAAACACCAGCAACAGUCUCCUGUCAGCCAGUCUAUGCAAACCCUCUCGGACUCUCUCUCAGGCUCCUCCUUGUACUCUGCGAGUGCAAACCUUCCCGUCAUGGGCCAUGAGAAGUUCCCCAGUGACUUGGACCUGGACAUGUUCAAUGGGAGCUUGGAAUGUGACAUGGAGUCCAUUAUCCGUAGCGAACUCAUGGAUGCUGAUGGGUUGGAUUUUAAUUUUGAUUCCCUCAUGUCCACACAGAAUGUUGUUGGUUUGAACGUGGGGAACUUCACUGGUGCUAAGCAGGCCUCAUCUCAGAGCUGGGUGCCAGGCUGAAGAAUCACUGAGGAAAGGGGAAGUGGGCAAAGCAGACCCUCAAACUGACACAAGACCUACCGAGAAACCCUUUGCCAAAUCUGCUCUCAGCAAGUGGACAGUGAUACCGUUUACAGCUUAACACCUUUGUGAAUCCUGCACCAUUUUCCUAACCCAGCAGAGACUGUUAAUGGCCCCUUACCCCGGGUGAAGCACUUACCCUUGGAACAGAACUCUCUAUAUAAAGUAUGCAAAAUCUUCCUUGUACAGGGUCAUGAGCCACCUGCCAGCGAAGGACGGCACCCUGUCAGCACCACCCACCCUCGUUCAGAGCACACCGUGAGCUCCUGUUGGCGACUCUGUGGUGUAGUCCUAUCACGAUGGUUUAUGGGAUGUUUUAAGUGUCGUUUUAGUGUUUGUUUUCCUUUGACUUUCUGAGUUUUUCCACAUGCAUUAACUUGCAGCAUUUUUUAUGUUAAAAUGUUAAUCAUCCUUCCCCUGGCAAAUUUAAAAACAGAAGGAAAGUGUUGUACCAGUUACUAGUCUAGCUUUGGGCAUCACAAGCAUUUGAGCUCUUGGAACUCCAUAAACUAACAAAUUACAUAAACCAGAGGGGGAUUUUCUUUCUUUUGUUCGGUAGAAAACUAUCCUUUUCUAAAAACUGGACAAUGGCACAACUGUUCGCCGUGCGCACCAGUCCAGGACUGAGCCCUGCAUAGGCCCGACGAAUGGAGUGCCGCGUGCGACCCGCUGUGUUUUCGUUCUGAGUCGGGACGGGGGGGGGGGGGCCCAGCCCCUGGUCUGCAGUUCCAGAGCAGUCGGGCUUCUGGUCUCCUGGCAUUAUCCUCAGCUAAUGCAGUGAACAACAAUGGUAUGCUGGUUAGAAAUUAGGGUCUUUUCAAGAAACAAGCUCAGCUGCCCACUCAUUGCCAAAUGCCACUAAGGGAUUUAGUUUUAAGGAGAAAGGGGGGAAAAAAAGUCCUGUUUUGCUUUGCAGAAGAAAUGAACUUGCAGGUGAGCAUUAAGCCUACAGUGGGAAGUGUGUGAAAAGUACAAAGCAGAGUCACUAUUUUCCUAAAAUACCCUUGAUUAUUUUCAGCCUUGCUGUGUAUAAUCGGAUCUCUAGACGUGUAUGAGUGAGAGGCAAUAGCGUACAAACUGAUUGUUAUACACACACACACAAUCUAAUAUAUAUAUAUAUAUAUAUAAAAGCUUAGAUUGUAAUUGUACAAAUGACAUGAUGGAAGUACAAGAUAGGGCAGUUAUGACUUUUCCCCCCUCAUCUUUCUGCUUCUAUGGAUUUCAUUUUGUUUGGUUUUCAAAAAGUUAAUGGUGCUGUAUAGGUGCUUUCUGUUGAGCCAGGAAAGUGUGAUUAUAUCAUUACCCUCUUCGAUAGAAUGGUUGGGAACACCUUGGGUACACAUGAAAAGCUGGUGUGACGAAGCUCUGACGAGCGCAGCGUAUGCACACUUCUCCAGAGUGAUAGAUGAAGACUCUUUUCUUUGCAUAAAAAGCAUUAGGUAUAUAAAUGUAUAAAUAAAUUUUAUCCUGUACAGUACAAAAAUGGAACAUUCUGCAUGGACGUUAGGAACACAGGCUAGUAGUUCAGCACAGACUUCCCUGCAUGAGUUUCGCUGAUGCUCGCGCCGUGCAGUGGGCACUGACUCCCUCCCACCGUAGACAUGCCACCCGACCCCUGCACCCGCCACCUGCCGCCAGGGGCCCCCUUGUGCACCUUUGCUUCCUAAUUCCUCUGGGGGUGAUACUGGUGGUGAGAACAGCUCCCAGCAUAAUGGAAGUUCCAUUUGGUAUUGUCCCACGUCUCCCCCGCCUCGCUUGGGUUCUCAUGUUUGAGUGAUGGCCCUGUUGAUUUCACCCUGCCUUCUACUGAAUCUGUAAAUUGUCGUGCGGUUGUGGUUAUAGUAGGCCUGUAGCAUAUCGCCUUUUCUAAACUGCUACACGUUUUUAAUCUUCAUUUUAAAAGUAUGUAUAAUUUUUAAAGGUGUGUAUUCUCUUCAUGUGGUCCGCUUGUCCGUGAGACAGACUUCAGCUUACCGUAUCCCUUUAUAAUGACACUAGCCACUUCCUUGAUUCCUCGGUGGUCCGCUGUACACAGGAACUGUCCCGUGUCGUUGAGAGAAGACUACCUCUCUGGGUUCGAAGCUGAUGCUGCCCUGACCGGGGCGGGGGUGGGGGGGGAAUGGGGGGAUGCCACAGGGACACAACUACAGCCACUGGGGAGGGAGAUGGGGAGGGAGGGCAGCGAGGAGAAUCCCCAGUGCUUACAUCGUGAGAGGGCCCAGAGAACGUCUCUCCUGAACAGAAAGAAACAGCAAACUAACAAAACAGCUAGUCUGCCUUUUCUGUUUUAUAGACCCCGGGAGCUACUUUGGGAGUAAAAAAAAAAAAAAAAAAAAAAAAACUCCCAAAUAGGUUUCAAUCCAUGUUGACUUCCUUUCAGACAUGUGGCAUCUCAUUUAUUAUUCUCUUUUUCUCCGCGUUUGUUAGAUUUCAGGCAGAAUGUCUUACAAAAUGUCCUAGAGCCAGAUUAUAAUUUAAUCCGAAACAGCUGAGGGAGGGACAGAGGAGGUCUGGGAGCAGGGCAGCCGCAGAGCACAUCAGGAAAAUGGAGGGGGAGGGGUGCUUUGCAUUUGUUGGGUUUUUUGUUUUUUAACAAUGCAGAUAGUAUCUACGGGUAGAGCAUUGUGGAGAGCUGAGAUCAGGACAAAGCCGAGUGCCAGCAUCAGUUUGGAGAGGGACUUGGAACAGUCAGGCCUGUCCAGGAUCACGGCAGCGCCCCUCUCAGCCUCGGCCACUGCCAGCUGGCCUCCCCCCCACCCCCCCAGGCCAGGUUCCCCUGGAGCCAGCAGGAGGUGGUCACACAGGGCGGAGGGCGGCCGCCUCAGACCUCCGUCUCUUACACGGAGACUCUGCUUUCAGCAAUGGCCAGCCGUCGGCCACCACGUGGAGUUCUGAGUGUCACGCGUCCCUCACCGUAAGUUUUCUGAUCUGGAGCGUCCCGGUGGAAUACUAGGCCUCCGGGGACCUGGCGGCUGUGAUGUUCGCAUCCUGCAGAGAACUAUUCCAGGUUAUCUCCAGCCUCUAAAUAAGCUGCUCUAGGGAGCCUUCCACUUUUUGACGGGAAAUUAAAAAGAAGAGUAACUAAUGUUGAAAACAUGACAUGCACUCUGGGGUUCUGUUGUUCUCUCUUCAGGCUCCAGCACCAGAUAACUUGUACCAAAGUUAGAAAAGAGCUUUAUAAGCCUUCCCUCUCCUGCUGUGAGAGCGGCCUGCCAGGUUCAGCGCCCCGUUAACUGUGAAUGAAGCUGAGCCCCGGCUCCCUCAUUGCAUCCCCUCGCAAUGGGAUGAUUGCUGAAACACAGAUUUUUUUUAAAAAAAAUUUCUGAAGUUUGUCUUUCCUUUUAACGAUUGUGCACACAUGUGUGAUACAAGGUGGGCUGUGUGUGUGUGUGUGUGUGUGUGUGUGGUGUUGAGUUUGGGUGUUCUGUGUGUAGCAUUUGACCGCCCUGUGGGAGGCCCUCGUGACUCACAGCUCAGGACAGCUCUGCCCAGUCUCAGGGCGACCUUUCAGGUGGCUUCCAGUCUUGUUGAAGACGGUAGGGACAGCCUCAGCCUACACCCAGUGGACCCCGCUUACGGAAGAAGGACCGUUGGAAUCUCGGGGAGACGACCAAGAGUACGGCAGUCGGGCAGCCAGUCCCGGGUCGCGCGCUGAUGCCGUGGGCUGCUAAAUGGAAGUGCGAAUCCACCCUUUCUCUCUGAAAGCAGAAGCAAAACCCUGACAGCUUGAACUCUAAUUUUCUUUUUCUUGAUGAAUUUGGGGAACAUUGUAUGAUUAGGCAUACUGUUGUAUUUUUUAGUUUAGCAGAUUUUUGUAGAAAUGCAAUCACUGGCAAGGAGGUACGAAAAAGCCAGCCUCUCCUGAAGACCGGGGGCAGCAGGCACAAUGAGGGGAUAGCACAGGCCUUGUGAAAUCCUGUCUGCACACGAGAUCUUGACACACAUGCCCAAGUAACUGAAAAGAGUCUAUUCUAUUUGAUCUGAAUUGUCGGUGGGUAACAUUUAAUGCAGUUUGAAUGAAUGAAAUAUUUUCCUCUGGUUUUAUUUGUGUGUAUUUUUCUUUGAUGAAUGGUUGGUUCUGAGGCCUCUGCCACACUCCAGAAUUCUGUGUGUGGCUGCUUUAAAAACCUGUGCGUCUGGUCACUUAUUUCUCUAAAAUUAUCUCAUUGCCUGGCAAUCAGUCUUCUCUCGUAUACUUGUCCUAGCACAUUAUGUACACGGGAAAUGUAAACAGAUGUGAAGGAGGACCAGAAAAAUUAGUUAAUAUUAAAAAAAUACAUUGUGCAUUUUGGCUUCACAUGUUUAACUUUUUUUAAGAAAAAAAAGUUGCAUGAAUGGAAAAAAAAUCUGUAUACAGUAUCUGUAAAAUUGUCUUACCUGUUCCAAUUUCUUGCUCAUACCCCACUCAGACUAGAAUUAAAUAUGGUGCAUGGCCAUAUUCAGACACCCGAGAGAACAGCGGUUGAUACUUUGGUUUGAAGCACCUCACCUUUUCUCUCCAAGCAAACACUUAUCAUAUUGCAUUCUUACUGAGGAUUUUGUCCAACCAUAUGUUGCCAUGAAUUAACUCUACCACCUCUCUUCUCAAGAAUCAAAACCAGUUUGAUUUGGGAACCUUCCCCUUUCCAAAUGAAAUAGAGACACAGUACUUAACUUUUCUUGGUGUUUGUAGAUAAUUGCCUUGUGUAUUCCAUUUAAAACCGUAAUCUAGUUUGUAAGAGAUGGUGACGCAUGUAAAUAAAGCAUCAGUGACACUC